UGAAUGACAAACUUAACGAAGAUCUGGCAUUGAAAGAAAAAAAAACAGUUUAAGGGAAAUAAUAAACAUAUGUCGACAGAAAAUUAAUCUGUGUUUGGUUAAUAAACGGAUUGUUCCGAACAUUCUUGGGACGUUAUUCAAAUUCCAAUCUCACCGAGAACAAAUAUUUUCGCUAUUUCGCAGUUCAGAAACUUGAAGGCUUUAUUAUAGGCAUAAUCCAAACAUGGAUGAGUCACGCGAAGAGAACCAAUUUGUUGUGGACGAUGUAAGCAAGAUUAUUAAGGAAGCUAUCGAGAAUACAAUUGGUGGUAAUGCAUACCAGCAUGAUAAAGUAAACAAUUGGACUGGUCAGGUGGUUGAGAAUUGCCUUAGCAUGUUGACAAAAGAACAGAAGCCUUACAAAUAUAUUGUUACCUCUAUGAUUAUGCAAAAGAACGGAGCUGGUUUGCACACAGCCAGUUCAUGCUAUUGGAAUAACGACACUGAUGGAAGCUGCACAGUGCGUUGGGAAAAUAAGACCAUGUAUUGUAUUGUAUCUGUGUUUGGUUUAGCGGUUUAGUUUAGUAGAUGCGAGAACCUAUUUUUUUUAAUUUUGCCCGUUUUCAGGGGAGGGAUGGAGGGACUUUUGAAAUUACAUUUGAAUAUAUCAUAAAUGUGCGAAAA